UCCAACACAGUUUCAGAACCCGUACGCAUACUCGCCUCCGUUCCGCUUCGGGACGGUUCCAAACGGAUCAACAGAGAGAAACAUCAGGAAAAACUACCCCGCUAUGCACCAGUACAUGACAAAAUAUCAUCAAACUGGAGUCGUGGACGCACUUGUCACCCUCAAAACGGGGAAACUGGACGCCUUCAUCUACGAUGCUGCGGUGUUGAACUACGCGGCCGGCAGAGAUGAGGGAUGUAAGCUGGUGACCAUUGGCAGCGGGUACAUCUUUGCUACCACUGGUUACGGCAUUGCUCUACAGAAAGGUUCCUACUGGAAACGACAGGUGGAUCUGGCUAUCCUGGCCAUCAUCGGAGAUGGUGAAAUGGAGGAGCUGGAAGCCCAGUGGCUGACAGGAAUUUGCCACAAUGAGAAGAACGAAGUGAUGUCCAGUCAGCUAGAUGUGGACAACAUGGCCGGGGUCUUCUACAUGCUGGCCACCGCCAUGGGGCUCUCCAUCAUCACCUUCGUCUCUGAGCACCUCUUCUACUGGAGGCUGAGAUACUGCUUCACUGGAGUCUGCACCAGCACGCCCGGCCUUCUUUUCGCCAUCAGUAGGGGAAUCUGGAGUUGCAUCCAUGGCGUCCACAUUGACAUGAAGAAAAAGUCCGAUUUGGACUUUAGCCCCCAGGACAAAAUGCUAAAGCUAAUAAAAUCAGCCAAACAGAUGACCAACAUGUCUAACCUGGCCGGCUCCCACAUGAACUCACCCAAACGUGAGUUCAUGCACUCAGCCGGCCCGAUGAUCAUGGACAUGAUGGCGGAGAAGGGCAACUUCAUCUACGCCGACAACCGUAGCUAUGCUCCCAAAGAUAUGAUCUACGGGGACACCGGUGACCUGCAGUCUUACCUUGCUAACCGGCACAAAGACCACCUUAACAACUACAUCUUCCAGGGAGGCCAGCAUCCUUUGACCCUGAAUGAUGCCAACCCCAACUCAGUAGAGGUGGCGGUCAACGCCGACUCAGUCCAGACCAACGCCAAGCCUCCCCGAACGCUGUGGAAGAAAUCGGUGGACACGCUUCGUUCGGCGCCACCUGGACCCCCUCCGAUGCCCGACAUGCUCAUGCCAGACCCACGAAUGUCAAUGAAGACACAGCGCUACCUCCCUGAGGAAGCAGCCCACUCUGACAUCUCCGACUGUUCCAGCAGGGCGGCCUCGUACAAGGACCCAGAAAACAACAAGCACCUGAAGCCCAAGGACAACUUAAAAAAAAGAUCGGUGCCAUCGAAAUACCCAAGGGACUGCAGUGAGGUAGAGCUGUCCUACUUAAAAACUAAGCCAGUCACCGCUGGACCCAACCAACCCGGCAGAGUAGUAGGAGGAGAGAAAGUUUAUACCAUCGACUCAGAGCGAGAGAUGAGCCUGCAUACAGACCCCAUGCACUACCGUGAGAGCCGCGGCCUCGCUGCCGACGAUUUGGAUUACCCCGAGAUUUACUCCGACCACAGCGACAACUAUAGGAAGUGUGAGCAGCCCAUCAUUCAUCUAAACUCCUCCCCUUUGCAUCACGGCGACUCAGAUCUUCUCCCAGAUCCAACUUACUCUAAACACUACAACCUGAAAGAGAAAAACAUGUCCCCACAUGAAUCCAUUGAGCGCUACAAACAGACACACUGCCGGUCUUGCUUGUCCAAAGUGUCCUCUAGCUACCCCCCAACAGGGUCAUACACCCCUGCUAUUCCUGCUGCAACUUCUGCCACACGCUCACCAUACAAUCGGUGUGAAGCAUGCCUCCACACAGCAAACCUGUAUGACAUUAGCGAGGACCAGCUCCUUGCGGACCCCUUGGUCAGUCCCACCAUGCACCACCAACAGCAGCAGGAACCAGACGAAAUGUUUGGUCUGUAUUGGCCGCAGACGGAUGGGCCACACGUUCAAAAGAGAAACCGCUUGAGGCUGAGUCGUCAGCACUCCUUCGACAACAUCAUGCUAGAAAAGCCCAAGGAUGUGGACCUGGGUCGACCGGCGCGCAGCGUCAGCCUGAAGGAGAAGGAUCGCUUCCUGGAGUCUGCAUCUGACUCGCACUACGCCAACCUCUUCGGCAUGCGUCCCUACUCCGGCAGAUUGUUUGGCACCGGGUCCAAAUCGAUGAUGUUUAACCACAACCUCGAGGAGAGCAAGAGGAGCCAGUCCCUGUACCCGGCCCAUGGCUCGGACAACCCUUUCCUCAGCCACUCGCUGAGGGACGACACCAGCAGCAGACUGGUCCACGGGCGUAGCUCCUCAGAUAUUUACAAACAGCUGGCAGUGGCCUCACCUGCAGCGGUCCUCGGAGCGCCCCCCAUCAAAACACGCAACGAUGCGAACAAUCUCCGCUCCUCUGUUAAAUCUACCACUUCAUACUGCUCACGGGACGGGCGGAUAGCCAAUGACAUGUACAAUAAAGAGCAUGUGAUGCCUUACUCAGCCUCUAAGACUAGUGCAUACCCGGCCCCACGUGGUGUCCUAAACUCAGCCCAGUUCAGCAAUAGGCGGGUGUAUAAAAAAAUCCCCAGUCUGGAGUCAGAUGUUUAGUUGACUUAAGAAAUAAUGUGUUCUCUCCUCCUUACUGCUCUCUGGGUUUGUAUUAUAAUUUAUCAACUAUGUUAUCCACAAAGGGAUGCCAUAGCCACACUACGUUUUUCUUCUUCUCUUCAACAUUGUAAUCCAAAAGAACUUGUGCCCACUUGGGUAUGGCGGUACUUCUACUACUACUACUCUCUUUGCAGAUGAUAUCACCUUUUUUGUCCAUUCUCUGCCAUGUACCAAUGAGUUGGCUGCAUGGUCAGCACGCUGCCACAAGGUAUCCUGGUGUAAAUGUGAGUGGAAUCAUUACCCUGUAGGUUUUUUAACGGCUAAGGAAAUGGCUUAGUCCCAUUAACGGGACAUAGAAGGACUCCUACAGGCCUUGUUGGGAAAGAGGUAUUUGAUUUGUGAUAGAAGUUUGUAAGUUAGUGGUAAGGAGCAUGGGGGAAUGCGAGGGGAAUUAGAGGGCGAGAGAGAGGAGAUAACCUCUCUUUCAACCACUCCCCCCCCCCCCCCCUGUUUCCUUUCCACCUCCACUGUCAAGCUUGCAGCUCUCUAGUUGAGGAGAAGAGGCCUGACAGAGGGACCAGAUGGGCACGUUUGAUGUCACGGCCAGACAUGGAGGCGUCCCAGGAGGGCCGAGGCGUCACAGUAAGCUAGUCCAACGGUCUGCUGCUUGUUACUCUGACAAAUAUGGCUACCGAGACACCUGGCAGUGCAAGAGGAGAGAAAGGGAGAAUGGAGAUGAGCUAAAUGGCGCAGAGCGGAGCCUCCGGUAGUCGUUGGCAGAGGGUUGUCGGUGUUCUCGCUCAGAAUUUUGGUUUAAAUGUUAGGCUAAUGCUAAAGGGACAUGAUAGUUAUGAGACGCUGGGAGAAAUGUAGGUGCUAUCAAUGCAUAAUGUUUACAGACUGACGGAUAAAAAGAGAAAAUCACUGAUAGAAAGGGACACACAAGCGGGGAAACCUGAGGCAUCUGAUGGGCAUUUCAUUUAUGGCUCUGCACAUAGAAAAAUAAUUGCAAAGUAUUGCUUUUUUAUUCUAUUAAACUAUAAGAUUUAUUAGGGAUUCUGGCAUCCGGAUCCCCCUAUGUAGGAUUUUAGUGUUUGCUUAUUUGGUAGCACAAUAGCCAUUAGUUUUAAAACCUCUCUCCCACGUAUGCUUUUGAAAAAGCAUAGCUUUCUGAAAAAUACCAUCAAGAGUAGUAGAUUAUUUUGCAUGUGUUGAUUUAUAUCUGUGUCAGAGAAGACAAAAUACACACAAAUACACUCUCAGACACAUAUUUUACAUGUUUUUGGAAAAAGGGACUGUGUCUUGCCAAAUACGGUGGAGGGAUACUUGUACAAUCGAAAACCUUUUAUCCUUGACCUUUGUGCUUAGUAAAUCAGUGUCAUCCUGUUGCAAAAGAGCAAUGGAAAUGGUGGAAGGGAAGAGAGCAAAGAGGGUAGAAAACAAGGGAGGAAAGGAUGAAAUGACAACCGUGUCCACCACCACCACCUUGUCUGAGUUGGGGGGGGGGGUGGGCGCUGAUGUGCCGCUGAUGUGUUUUUGUCUUUCGACCUCCCUGCAACUGAGAAACAGGUAUUUUGUAUAAAAAAAAGGACUGACGAUUCCUUCGCUUCUUUCCUCCUUUCCCUUCUUCCUUGCCUGGUGACACAUCACUAGAGUGUUGGAUAACUAUAGAAGGAACACUUUCUUCUUUUUUUAAGAACAGUUGGUCGGUUGAUACAGCAAUAGCAGAGCUAUACGGUAUCCAACCACCACAGUCUAACUGGGGUUAUUGAUCAUCAGCUUAGCUUUUGAUCCGCAGUCAACCAGGGUUCUUGAGGAUCUGAAGACUACUGUGAUGGAUCCUUGGUUUACCUUUACAGCGUUGGUGUUCAAUGUGGGAUGGGUUGGGGGCCAAGAUGGUGAGGGGAUGGACCGAGUAAGUCCACUGUAGAGCUCAUCCAUCAGUUCCAUAGUGUGAGUAAGGUGGGUGCAUGGCAAAACGGAAGGAAGUCUUAACCAGGAACAUGGUCUUAACCUGAUGUAAGCAUGUUUGUUAGUUCUUUGUUUUUUUUGUGAUAACUUAAGGCAGAAAAACUUGCACAUGCACAUUCCCAGUACACGCGCGCAGUGCCCAUCGACACUUUUUAUAGCAUUACCAAACUGUACAAUCGUACAGGCAGAAAAUACAAAAAAGAAACAUGUUAACCAUCUUAAAACUGAUUUGCUGGAUCGAUUGGGGUUCACAAAGCCAAAUUGUAUCAAAUAAAAUACCUCAGGAUGAUUCUGUGCGGUUUUGGGGUGAGCUUCAACCGUAACGAACAGAAACAGGAUGCAGAAUUUUUGUAGAAAAACAAUUUAUAAGAAGAAAAAAAAACGAAAACAAAGCAAGGUGAUUACUCCGGGCGGCAUCAAACUUUUCUCCUUUGAUGUUUCCAAUCCUAGGGUCUUCCAGUUCGCUAUUUUGCCCGAACCAGCAACCCAAGUAAAUGAGAGAAGAAAGGAGGGAGGGGCGGGGGGGGGGGGUUAUGGCUUGCUCGGUCAACGUGGGGUGUGUGUCCCUACUCCUGACGCGGCACCUUAACAGAAUGGAGCAGCGAAUUCUGAAAAAGCUAUACCCUUAUAUACUGGGAAACACUCAAAAAAAGGAAUCUGUCUUUCUUUCUCCAUGGUUUUGAAUGGCAGUCGAUGCAUUAGCACUGUGUUUACAAUUGAAGCUCCAUCUUUAACAGGCCACGGUUACAAAUCGCCCUUUUUUGUACUCUUGGAAUUACAGUGAACCUCUCCUUGCCUCCCAAUCAGCUUCCCUAAUGUUGGACUGACGGAGCAACCAUUCUUCUUUUCUUUGCAUUCUUAUCUGCAUUCAUGGGUAUUAUUAUUAUUAUUAUUAUUAUAUCCAUAUGUAUCUCCCACAUGCUGCUUGAGUGAGCUGAAGUGAACAAAUACUGCACAGUAUGGCACAUGGAAAAAUAUCAAACGGCCACCCUGCGUUUUAUGAAUCAUGAUGAUUUGUUCUUAUUUGUUUCUACUUUUACAGAACCUGCAUGUUAAACUGAUGCUGUUUAUGUUCAAAAACACACACACCACACACACACACACUCACA